AUGCGGGGAAGUGAGAGAAGUGCGGUGGGGGAAGAUGAUGCUGUGGCCUACACGGGUGCGGUUCUCAUUCCCUUCUGCAUUGGAAGUGUCGCACUCCCACUCUCACUCUGUCGUCCAUCCUCAUCCACAUCUCUCGCCACUUCACCAGCCACAAACACACGCACAGCAAAACAACAAAAACAAAAACGGCGAAAAGAAAAUCAACAUUCAAUGACUACAAAUGAAAGUGGUGGUAAUACGGAGGAACAGCAUGAUUAUAAUGCGGGGAUUAGUCGUUGUACACAUAUAAGAUAUUGUUAUUUACGAGAUGGGGCGAUUGCCCCACAGGAUUUGGCUUAUCGUCGUUCUUAUUAUGAAACGACUUGUAAUAUUCCCCUUUCCUCUUCACUGGAGGAAUGUGAUGGAGUAUUAAAUACAUCCUCUCCACUCUAUGCACUUGUGGAGCGUGUGGUGUUUAAACUUCCUAAUAGUUUUCCUGAACCUCUUCGUGAAUUAACUCGUCCACCUUUCUUUGUAGUAGAUGAUACAUGGGCAGAACAUAUGGUGGAAAUGGAAGUACACUUUCGUCCAUGGCUUGGUAUCGCACCUUUUACAGUUGCACAUAUGGUGUUUUUACAAACACGAGCGGAUUUUCCUCCUCAGUUAUUAAGUUCAACAUUUGGGCAAACGAAACCUCCACCAACUGUUAUUUUACCGUCUCCAGAGGCGUUAAAGAAAGCUGAAAAGGCUCGUUUGCAAAGACGACGUCGACGUAGUAGCCAUACGUCACAGAAUGAAGAAACUAGUAAUGUGAAUAACAACGACAAUAAUAAUAAUAAUAAUAAUAAUAAUAAUAACCAUGAGGAGGAUGCUAGUGGGGAAUCGGGUAUAUGUGUUAACUUGGAAGACCUUGGGGAUAUUCCAAUCGUUUCCGAACGGCGAGAUGCAAUACGUAUUUUUCACCCAACAUUAAAAGUUGUACGUUAUCUGCAAACUCUACGGACUCUUUCACAGCCAAUGUUAGAAGCCCCACCAUCUUUUUGUGUAUUGCCAGGACAGAAAGCGGCCCUCCCUCCACAAACACAUAUAGAAGAACAGGAGGGAAGUAGUGAUGACCAUCAUUCUUCUACUGGUGAGAAGCGUCGACGUUGUAAUGAUAUCACAAAUAAUAAUAAUAAUAAUAAUAAUAAUAAUAAUAAUAAUAAUAAUAAUGAGGAAGAUGGGACUUAUAUAAAGGUUCGCGAGAUGUCAACGCUUCCUCCGUGGUGCUUCCCGUUUGAAGCCAUCAUGCAUGCCCAUGAGCCAAAACGAUUGAGUGGAUCUGUUGAAGCGAUGCGGGCAGUUUUAGCGGCCUUAAAGAAAGAACAGGAGGAGUUGCGAGAGAGUAUCGAACAACGAAUUAGUUCCGCAGAAGCCAAUGCAGAGGAACUUCGAGGGGUUAUUCAACAUAUGCGGGACACCUGUGCAUUGUUGGAAAAACAAAAGAGGUGA